AUGAUAGGCGCAUUUCCCAUAUACGCGCCGGCGCUGGCGUUCGACAAGCUAAGGACUCGACAGGGCAAAGUAGCGGAGCUGCGCAUCGAGCUCAACAGCGGCGGAAAGAAGGACAAGAACUACUCGGCCAAGAAGGUCGCCCUCAAGCGCAUCGUCGCCAACAUGACCAUGAGCAAUAACGAUAUGGUCGCGCUGUUUCCCGACAUCAUCGCCUGCAUGCACCUCCCGAGCCUGGAGAUCAAGAAGAUGUGCUUCUUGUACUUGGUCAACUACGCGCGCGUUCGCCCAGAGAUUGCCGUCAAGGCGAUACCAAUCCUGGAAAAUGAUAUGGAGGAUCACAACCCCUUGGUGCGGGCGCUCGCGCUGCGGACCAUGUCGUACAUCCACGUCAAAGAGUUUGUCGAGGCUACGGUGCCCAUCGUCAAGCACAUGCUGAGAGACAACGACCCAUACGUGCGCAAGACCGCCGCCUUUUGCGUCGCCAAGCUGUACGACCACGACCGGCAAAUGGUGGAGCGAUCCGACCUCAUCGACCGACUCAACUCAUUGCUGAGAGAUGACAACCCCACCGUCGUGGCCAGCGCGCUCGCCGGUCUGAUGGACAUUUGGGAGCGCAGCGACUCGAUCAAGCUCACGAUCGACUACAGCAAUGCCUCAAAGAUGGUUGCCAUUCUCCCGGACUGCUCCGAAUGGGGUCAGACUUACAUCCUCGAAGCUCUCAUGUCGUACGUGCCACAAGAAACUGGAGAAGCCGCGCUCUUGGCGGAGCGCAUCGCCCCUCGGCUGUCACACUCCAACUCAUCCGUCGUCCUCACGUGUAUCCGAGUGAUCCUCUACCUCAUGAACUACAUCGCCGACCAAAAGCAAGUAACGGCGCUCUGCAAGAAGCUAUCACCACCACUGGUGACGUUGCUCGCCAAGGGCCCUGAGGUGCAGUACCUGGCGCUGAGAAAUGCGCUGCUCAUCCUGCAGCGCCGACCAGAGGUCCUUAAGAACGACAUCCGCGUCUUCUUCUGCAAAUACAACGACCCCAUCUACGUCAAGGUGACCAAGUUGGAGCUCAUCUUCAUGCUCGCCAACGAGAGCAACAUCGACGAGGUCUUGACGGAGCUGAGGGAAUACGCUACCGAAAUCGACGUUCACUUCGUCCGCAAGGCAGUCCGCGCCAUCGGGAAGCUGGCCAUUAAGAUCGAGCCUGCGGCGAGGCGGUGUAUCGACUUGCUGUUGGAGCUUGUCUCGACGAAAAUCACGUACAUUGUGCAGGAGGCCACCGUCGUCAUCCGCAACAUCUUCCGCAAGUACCCGAACCAGUACGAAUCCAUUAUCGGCACGCUCUGCGAGCACCUCGACUCGUUGGACGAGCCCGAGGCGAAGGCAGCCAUGGUGUGGGUCAUUGGGCAGUACGCAGAUCGCAUCGAGAACAGCGACGUGUUGCUCGAGGAGUUCCUCUACUCGUUCGCCGAGGAGCCGGUGGAGGUGCAGUUGGCGCUCCUGACAGCAACGGUCAAGCUCUUCAUCCAAAGGCCAACCAAGGGUCAGGAACUGGUGCCAAAGGUGCUCAAAUGGGCGACGGAGGAGACGGACAACCCCGACCUCCGCGACAGAGCAUACAUGUACUGGCGGCUACUGUCGACGGAUAUGAACGCGGCCAGGCAGAUCGUCAUGGGCGAGAAGCCACCCAUCACGGCUGAGGCGGAGCGACUGGAGGCGCCGACGCUCGAGGAGAUGUGUCUCAACGUCGGCACGCUCGCGACAGUAUACCUCAAGCCGGUCCAGUCCGUGUUCCGCUCGGCGCGGCCCCGCAAGCUGCAGGACUCGCCCGCGCUGCAGAAGCAGAACCUUCUGGUGGAUCGGGACAACCAGAAGAGCAUCAGCAUGUUUGGCCGUGGCGGCCAGCCGACAGACAUUGACCUACGGAGCCGGGAGGCCGCCUCGUCAGCCGCCUCCAACGGCAACGGUGGGGCCAACCUGUCACAGGCGGUGAGCGACGCCGACGCCUACUUCUCGAGCAUCGGGACGCAGCAGAUGGCGGCCAUGCGGAUAGACCAGGGCGACGACAUCUUUGGCGGCGGCGGCAACGUGACGACGGGCUACGUGGUGAGCGCCCAUGCGCCGCAGGCGGUGAUUCAGCCGGCGCAGGGCGGGGGCAGCAACGGCGACUUGCUGGCGCUGUGA